AUGGGUGAGACGAAGUUGGAAGUUUUUCAAAUAUGGACCAGAUCUACAUGUGAGCGGCUCAAACCCUCGGAAGCCGCUCAAAUGGCUAUCGGCAACCCAAAGAUGCUGUUUUAUGGAGCCGGUUUAGUCUGUCUUGCAGCAUGGCUGUUGAUACGGUCAGCGGCGAUGUUCAAGAAACCGAGACAUGCCAGACCGAGAACUCCGGAUCUGGAGAAGCCGACAUCUAAGAACGGAAAGGCACAGAGACCGUUGGGAGUGUGGGAGCCCAUGCAAUUCACACGCCCGACGGCAGUUCCCUCUCCAAACUGGGAUGUACACAAAACGAAACCGAACGCAUACCGGCCAUUUCGCCAUGGACCUUAUCACAUCACCAUGGGAUUACGAAAUAUGGAUUGGAAUGAAUGGAUAGAAUUGGACAAUCAUUACAUGAAGUACCAUGACGACAAAGCCAAACGUAUUAUCGACCGUGGCGCCAGAUCUUGCUACACCGAUCCUUCGGCGUUUGAUGGUGCCGUUGAGCUGCUCGAAGAACUUUGCGCGUAUCUCCCAGAACGUUACCCUACUCUUUACAAACGCACACCUGUAGGUAUGGAUAACCUGCUCACUAACGAAUCAUUCAACAUCAUCGAACGGCCACUUGCAGAGGAUCCAAUGCAAAUGGCAGCUCGCUUCACGCAAGAUGAUCUGGCCAUCAUGUUUGAGAAAGAAGAUGGCCAAUACUACCUUCUUGCCGGAGCAAUUUUACUCGCUGGAUUCUGGCGUUUGGAAGAUAAAUUAGGCAUGCCGUUGAGUGAGAUCCACACGGCUGCUGACGUGCCAGGCUACAAAUCAAAGCUGGAGAAAGGGAUGAUGAAUUUUUUCCGAAGAGUGCAGCCCAACGGGCCCGUGCAACGUAACAACUAUUUCAUCCAAGUAGACGAUCAACUAGCAUGGUCAUCAAGCAUUGGACCCGAAGAAGGGGAACCCGGGACCGUGAGUUGGGAUACGGCGGAGAAGAAUAAAGCGGUUGAACAUCAUUGGUUUCGGUCGGAACGACAGUCGUUGAGAAGACUGCCGAGAUCUGGCGGCGUGGUGUUCACGAUUAGAACAUACUUCCACCCGAUCACGGAAAUAUGCGAGGAGCCGUAUGUACCUGGUAGAUUGGCAAGCGCGGUGAGGAGUUGGGGUGAUGAUGUGGCUACAUAUAAGGGGAAGGAAAAGUAUGGUGAGGUUCUAUUGGAGUAUCUGGACAAGAAACAUAAUGAGCAAGUUGAAGCGGGGCUUGAUUUGGAAAAUGAGGACGAGGUCAGAGCGUAUCCGUACUAG